CUUGUAUUAGUUUUCGGAUAGAAACCAUCUUCCGUUUAAAUACGAACUCAAAUUACAGUUUGGAAAAAUAUAGAACAAGUCACUUCUUUGUUCGGUGCUGCAAUAAUCAAACAUGAUCUUACAAGGUUUGUCAAGGUAUCUUGGUGACUACAACACAUUGUUCUUCUCUCCAGUUGUUGCUCCUCUACCAGUAAGCCACAAGUCCGGCAGGAAACUUAUGGCAUGCGAUCCUGGUUCUCUAAUUCCACCAGAAGUUAUCGAAUCAGAAAUAUUAACACGGCUGCCUGUGAAGUCACUUUUGCGAUUUAAAUCAGUUUGUAAAUACUGGAAUCUACUUAUCACUGACCAUAAUUUCAUUACUAGGCAUCAUGAUCUUCGCGUGCUUGAUGAGGACGCGGUCAUAAUUUGGAAUAGAUUUUACCACGAAAUCAUAGGCUGCAUCAAGGGCCUGGUGUGUUUCUACAUUUUCACCGGGGAUGAUGGUGAAACAAUGGAGAUUUCAGUGUGGAACCCUGCUACGAAACAGAGGCUUAAAGUCCCUCCUGUCCCUGAUGAACAUGAUUCCGAUUGGUACCCUGAAUUUUUAGGAUUUGGUUACGAUUCAGCUGCCAAUGAUUUUAAAGUCGUGUACUCAAAGGUCUUCGAUGACAUGGAGGAGCCACAGCCUAUAAUAGGUUAUGUCUAUUCAUGCAAAUCUGGUUGUUGGAGAAAGAUUGCUCCCUCUAACUUUCUUUACAAUGUUGGUAUCUUCAGGUACUGCUGUCGGUACACAAUAGUCGACGGAUCGCCUUAUUGGCUUGUGGAGUCACUUCAAAGUCUGAUCGUAAUUAAGUUCGAUGUUCAACUUGAGGUAUUCAGGUUGUUGCCUGAGUUUUGUCCUAUUGACAGUACAAAAGACAAGGUUUGUCUUAUCACGAAUUUGCGGGAUUCUCUUGUGUUAAUGCUCUGCGACAAAAGAUCAAUGUUUAAUGGACAAGUAGGUGUUUAUUUUUACAAUGAAAAAUGUGGUAUUUGGAGUAAGACGUCGAUAGGAGAAUUUAUGAAUAAGGAGCCGACUCCUCCUGGGAUGCAGAGAUGCCGUUUGGUAGAGUGUUUUGGGAGUGGUAAUGUUUUGUUUGUGAGUGAUGAUCUGAGGUUAACAUGCAUCAAUCUCAAAAGCUGUGAAAUCAAGAAUCUGAGGAAUCUUGGAAGGGAAGGAUACUUGUGUAUGUCCCCCUGCUAUGAUGGUUGUGAAUACUCGGAGAGUCUGGUUUUCAUAGAAGGAAUGAAGUCCGCGGUUGAAGAUGACUGCGAUGGAGUUUUCUUCCUGACACCCUUUGCUCCGAAUUUAAUCAGAAAAGAAAGCUGCCGUAGAACAAGCAAAGAGCUUGAUGAAGCAAUUGAAGCUGCAGAAAAAGAUGUGAAAGACGCUGACGAAGUUGAAGCUUAGGAAGAUUAGGAUGAUACCUCUGGCAAUGGAGGAAGUACUCCUUGGAAUAAAAUUUGAAAGAGUUUUAUUAUGUGAUCGUAAAUGAUGAAUAAAAUUUUUCAGAUGUUGAUUGUAUUUAAUAGAGAUCAAUGUUGAUGAA